UAUUGCUGCUAAUCUUUGUUUAUCACAAAAUUUACAAAUUCAUAAAGAAGGUGAUCAUCUCAAUAAAUUGCAUCUUAAUUCUGAAGAGUUUGACAGCAUAGAUAGUAGUACUGAAGAUUCAGAAUCUAACUCUAAAAGUGAAUAUGUUAAUGAUUUUAGUGAUGAAGUAGUACUUUUAGCUACAGUUUUGGAUCCUCAUCUUAAAG